CUAUUGCACCAGUUGAUCUUCCUCAGGUAGGCCUUACUGUAGAAUCAAUCAUUACAGCAAUGAAUAAUCCGAAUAUUAAUAAUGAUAAAAUAAGUGUUGAGGUUAAUGCUUAUGAAUAUGUAGAAUCUGAAAGGAAAGUCAAUAAACUUUACAAUAUAUCAAUUUAA